CAGUCCGUCCCGCUUCCAGCUGCUGCAACCGCACCUUCACUGCAUAGACCUGCUGCAGCCCCCUGCUCCGGCCCAGCAUGGCGACCCCAACCCAGGCCCCCACAACGGCGCCUCAGGAACCUGACCCAUUUUACUAUGACUACAACACCGUGCAGACUGUGGGCAUGACUCUGGCUACCAUCUUGUUCGUGCUGGGCAUCAUCAUCAUCCUCAGCAAGAAGGUGAAGUGCAGGAAAUCGGACUCCAGGUCUGAGAGUCCCACCUGCAAAUCCUGCAAGUCAGAGCUGCCCUCCUCAGCCCCUGGCGGUGGGGGCGUGUAAGACCAUCUCCUGCCACCUCCACUGCUGCCCCCUGCCUGAGCGCGGGAGCCUCUGGACCAGGUGGACGCGGUGGGGAGCCCCGGUUUGCGCCGGGGAGCGCUCCCCGGAAUGAGCCGCUACACCCACUUGGAGGCGGGAGCCACUGCACCCCACCGCCCUUCCCCAGGCCUUGGCGAGGGCAAGCCCCCAAAGAGCCUGUCUGCACCCCAGGCGCUGGGACGCGUGCAUUCUGCUCCGGGGAUCCGGGAGCCCACCCACAGCUCCCCGGAGUCCCCGAGUCCCCCGAGUCCCGCCUGGCAUCACCUCCGCGUCUCCUGCUCCAGGCUUCGUCUCCCCGCGCCCUCAACGUCUCUGUCUUGGGCUUAAUAAACGUGCGUUUGGUGUCCCCGC